UUAGAGCCACCUUAAUUCCUUCAUUAUCAUUAUCUCAUUCUUAAAAUGGCUUCUUCACCGAUCUUCAGAGACAAAGAAUUGGUAACUGAUGACAUGCCUCAUGAUGCGUUGAGGCAAAGUAGGCAGUAUGUGAAGAGGUGUUUUGCUAAGUACAUUGAGAAGGGGAGAAGGAUUAUAAAGCUUCAUGAAUUGAUGGAAGAAAUGGAGCAAGUUAUAGAUGACAACAUGCAGAGAAAUCAAGUAUUAGAGGGGAACCUUGGAUUCUUAUUGAGUUGUACACAGGAAGCUGCUGUUGAUCCACCUUAUGUGGCCUUUGCAGUGAGGCCAAAUCCUGGAGUCUGGGAAUUUGUAAGAGUGAGCUUUGAGGAUCUUUCAGUUCAACCAAUCACUUCCACAGAUUAUCUCAAAUUCAAGGAAAUCGUAUAUGACAAAGAAUGGGCAAACGAUGAAAACGCAUUUGAAGCAGAUUUUGGAGCAUUUGAUUUCCCUAUUCCGAACAUGACCCUGCCUUCUUCAAUUGGAAAUGGGCUCCAUUUUGUUUCUAAGUUCUUAACUUCCAGGUUUAGCGGGAAACUGACCAAAACACAACCUAUUGUUGACUACUUGGUAUCACUAAACCAUGGUGAUGAAAACCUGAUGAUAAGUGACACCCUCAGCUCUGCUGCAAAGCUUCAGCUGGCACUGAUGGUGGCGGAUGGAUAUCUCUCAGCACUUCCAAGGGAUGCCCCUUACCAAGAUUUUGAGACAAAGCUCAAAGAGUGGGGGUUUGAGAGAGGAUGGGGAGAUACUGCAGGAAGGGUGAAGAAGACAAUGGGAACUCUAUCAGAAGUACUCCAAGCUCCUGAUGCAGUGACCCUGGAGAAUUUUUUUAGCAGUGUUCCAACAAUUUUCAAUGUUGUGAUAUUCUCUAUCCAUGGUUAUUUUGGACAAACAGAUGUUCUUGGCUUGCCAGACACUGGUGGACAGGUAGUGUACAUAUUGGAUCAAGUUAGAGCUCUUGAAGCAGAGUUGUUACUUAGAAUUAAGCAACAAGGCCUAAAUAUAAAGCCUCAGAUUCUAGUGGUCACAAGACUCAUCCCUGAUGCUCAAGGAACCAAGUGCAAUCAGGAGUUGGAACUAAUCGAUGGAACUAAGUACUCCAAUAUUCUACGUGUUCCUUUUCAUACAGAUGAAGGAAUCCUGCGUCAAUGGGUUUCUCGUUUUGACAUCUAUCCUUAUCUUGAGAGGUUUACUCAAGAUGCCACAGCCAAGAUUCUCAGCCUCAUGGAAGGAAAACCAGAUCUUAUUAUUGGAAAUUACACUGAUGGGAAUUUGGUAGCAUCUCUCAUGGCUAACAGACUUAAGAUAACUCAGGGAACUAUUGCACAUGCUUUGGAGAAAACUAAGUAUGAAGAUUCAGAUGUCAAGUGGAAAGAAUUAGAUCCUAAGUACCACUUCUCAUGUCAAUUCAUGGCUGAUAUAAUAGCAAUGAAUGCAUCAGAUUUCAUCAUAACCAGCACCUAUCAGGAAAUUGCUGGAAGCAAGGAUAGACCAGGACAAUAUGAAAGCCAUGCUGCAUUUACACUGCCAGGGCUGUGUAGAGUUGUUUCAGGGAUAAAUGUAUUUGAUCCUAAGUUCAACAUAGCUGCACCUGGAGCUGAUCAGUCUGUCUACUUUCCUUACACAGAAAAAGACAGAAGAUUCACCCAAUUUUAUCCUGUCAUUGAAGACCUGUUGUACAGUAAAGUGGAUACCAACGAACAUAUUGGAUAUCUAGAAAACAGGAGAAAACCCAUCAUCUUUUCAAUGGCAAGGUUUGAUGUUGUUAAGAACUUAACUGGGUUAGUUGAGUGGUAUGGAAAGAACCAAAGGUUGAGAAAAAUGGUGAACCUUGUAAUAGUUGGAGGCUUCUUUGACCCUUUGAAAUCCAAAGACAGGGAGGAAAUGGCAGAGAUAAGAAAGAUGCAUGAUCUGGUAGAAAAGUACCGACUAAAGGGUCAAUUCAGAUGGAUUGCUGCACAAACUGACAGAUACCGCAAUGGAGAGCUCUACCGCUUCAUUGCUGAUACAAAGGGAGCUUUUGUGCAGCCUGCUUUGUAUGAAGCAUUUGGUCUCACUGUCAUUGAAGCAAUGAACUCUGGUUUACCUACUUUUGCCACCAACCAAGGAGGUCCGGCAGAAAUCAUUGUUGACGGAAUCUCUGGCUUCCACAUUGAUCCCCACAAUGGAGAAGAAUCAAGCAACAAAAUUGCUGAUUUCUUUGAAAAAUGCUUACAAGAUUCAACACACUGGAAUGGAAUUUCAGCAGCAGGAUUGCACCGCAUAAAUGAAUGCUACACAUGGAAGAUCUAUGCAAACAAGAUAUUGGAUAUGGGGAACAUGUAUACCUUCUGGAGGCGGGUGAAUAAUCAACAAAAAGUGGCAAAGCAAAGUUACAUUAAGAUGUUCUACAAUCUCAUGUUCAAGAAUUUGAUUAUACCUGUUCCAAGUUAUGAACCUCAGCAACCAGUGACUAAGAAGAAAAGUGUCAGAAAACAAAGCACAAGCAAGCGUUAACACUCUGGUUUGCACGCAAACUCUUGCUUCUUUUCAGUUGAUUAAGAGAUCACUAAUCUAAAGCCUCAAUCACAGAUCAGUAAGCAAGCCAAUCUUGUGAUCUCUCUCUUUACAAUUUACUUCAAAAUAAUCAAAUUCUGUACUGCUACGAAUUGACAGCUAUUUUCCUGUUACUGAUAAAAAUUGUGAGGAAAUUUCUGUAUGAAACAUAGAGAAAUUGAAGAAUUCUCAUCCCUACCAUUUCGAUUUAAUCCAAUAAAGUCAUUCCAAAGCAAAAUUUUACA